GUGACGCAGAAGGUCUGCGCCGUACGCCGAGCCACGUCGCGCUGUCAUCAGGUCUCGCCCGCGUGGCUGUGGGCGUGGCUAGCGUGGCUUCUCGGGACCACCUGAACUCGCGGCCAUGGUCCCGGCCGCCGCCAGCCCCCCGGAGGUGAUCCGCGCGGCGCAGAAGGACGAGUACUACCGCAGUGGGCUGCGGAGCGCGGCGGGCGGCGCCCUGCACAGCCUGGCGGGUGCGAGGAAGUGGCUGGAGUGGAGGAAGGAGGUUGAGCUGCUCUCAGAUGUGGCCUACUUUGGCCUCACCACACUUGCAGGCUACCAGACCCUGGGGGAGGAGUACGUCAGCAUCGUCCAGGUGGACCCGUCACAGACACGUGUGCCCUCCUGGCUGCGCCGUGGCGUGCUGGUGACGCUGCAUGCCGUCCUGCCCUACCUGCUGGACAAGGUCCUGCUCCCCCUAGAGCAGGAGUUGCAGGCGGAUCCUGACAGUGGGCGGCCUUCGCAGGGGAGCCUGGUGCCAGGCGGGCGUGGCUGCUCAGGGGUGCGGCGCUGGGUGCGUCGCCACACGGCCACCCUGACUGAGCAACAGAGGAGGGCGCUGCUGCGGGCGGCCUUCGUCCUCAGACAGGGCCUCGCCUGCCUCCAGCGGCUACAUGUUGCCUGGUUUUACAUCCACGGUGUCUUCUACCACCUGGCCAAGAGGCUCUCGGGGAUCACGUACCUCCGUGUCCGCAGCCUGCCCGGAGAGGACCUGAGGGCCCGUGUUAGCUACAGGCUGCUGGGGGUCAUCUCGCUGCUACACCUGGUGCUGUCCGUGGGGCUGCAGCUGUAUGGCUUCCGGCAGCGGCAGCGAGCCAGGAAGGAGUGGAGGCUGCACCGCGGCCUGUCUCACCGCAGGGGCUCCCUGGAGGAGAGAGCCGUUUCCAGAAACCCCCUGUGCACCCUGUGCCUGGAGGAGCGCAGGCACCCGACAGCCACGCCCUGCGGCCACCUGUUCUGCUGGGAGUGCAUCACCGCGUGGUGCAGCAGCAAGGCGGAGUGUCCCCUCUGCCGGGAGAAGUUCCCUCCCCAGAAGCUCAUCUACCUUCGGCACUACCGCUGAGCCGGCGCCCAGGUGGGCCUGGACACAAAUGACUUCUACGGAAGUCUGAACGCCAAGAUUUAGUCUCAAGAUGAACCUUACCUGCACAGAAAUUAGAACAUUCUCACAGGUUUUCUAUCAUGUAAGAUACUAACCCAGCCACCCCGGGAGAGAACAGAAAGCUGUCCCUGACUGUGCUUUCUCAGCCCUGGGAGGGGCGCUAACCCCAACCUGGUAUGACUCAGCUACUUUUUCAGGAAUUUCACUUAUUUGGACAGGAUUUUAGGUUUCCCUCCCUUCCCCAAACCAUACAGUUGAGAAGUAAUUCAGAAAUAGGUCAGAAGACACUUUAUUCAUUUAUAUUGUGAGAAAAUGGUUCCAUCAGGCUUGUGUUAAGGCAAUGGACUGAAUGAGUGCAUGUUGAGUUGGGAUGGGGCACGGGGGGCUGGCGGUUUCCUUCAGCCAGUGUGGUCAGAACAGCAGCCCCACGGCCCCCAUCGGAGGCGGUCAGGCUCUCCCCCAGAGUAGCCGGGCAGAGAGAAACCAACCAAGGUCAGCACCUCCGUCUGAAGCAUUUGGCACACACCUUCAAAACACAUCAAGGCUGCUUCCAGUUUCAGAAAAUAGAAAUCUGCAUCUCGGGCCUGACAUGCACACAGAGCUCUCCUCCUGACCCAAACGCACUCGCGUGCCAGGUCCUGGGGAUUGGGGGGCUGCCGGGGCGCCCAAGCCCUCUCCUGGGGGCCCGCUGGGCAGGCGACCUGCUAACCCAGCAUCACUGCUGUGCUCAGCCCCUCAGCUCGGCCCUAGCCUAUUUCCUGCCUCCAUUUGACAUUUCCAGGUUCUCAAAAUUGCAUUUAACCUGUGCCAGAGACUUCACCGUAGGCAUCUUUAAUAAACCAACUCCACCAAAAUGUGGGCACAUUAAUAACAAGAUGGAACUUGAGAUUUCCUAAAGCGCAGUGUUAAAAUGCCUCGAGGGCGUAUGCCACAUUUCCCUACUGACCUGUAGGCAAGGCCGAGGCCUGGCCAGCAGCACCAGCUUCCAGCAAAGACCCCCGCAGACCAUGUCCUGCUGUUUGACUUAGGAAUGAGGAUGACCCUGUAUUCCCGGGUUAGUCAAGGUCAGCUUACCAGGGGCUGGGGUGGGGAGGCUGUGACCCUCUAAACUGGGAGGAGCACCAAGAGAGGCACUGGGGCUGCAGCUGGGUGGGCAGAUGCCACCGUGGCUCCAUCCGUCAGCACCCAGUCCUUCGAUUCACACUGUGCUCGGGCCAAGUGCACGCGACCUCCUGUCACAUCUUAGGCCUGAGCGCUUAUUAGGAAAACAGUAUGGAAAGUGACAGACACUGCUGUCUGGAGUCUGAGAAUCCAAGUGUCUCAACACAGUACCAGAAGCACCCCCUGGGAGCAGCCCUUGCUGUCCUGGGCCAGGGACCCACAAGCUUGAACGUGGCCUCAAGAGAGGAGCUCAACGUCGGAUAUGCAAAUACUGGCACAAGAAAAUCCAGACAAUCAUCUUUCACCGUGUAAAUUCUAAGACAGGACACGCCGCCCAGAGUGAGGACCCAGGAGCGGCCUUCCCUCGCGUCUGUGUCUCGUCUGGGGCCACAGCUGCGACGUUCUGCUGUUGGAAAACGGGUUCACCUUUUGGAAAAAGGCCAAACGAAAGUUGGGCUUUCUUGUGUCCAGCGACUGUUGUGUUUAGAUAAAGACCUUAAUAAAGGUGGAGUUAAAAUCA